AAUUAUUGAGUCCUCCUAGUAGUUAAUCCUCUUCUUUCAUGUACGUAUAUACACUUGCCAUCAAAUUAUACUACCCUUAUUUUAUUUAUUACUCCUAGGCAACCCCUUUGGUCUCUUCUCCUUUGUUCUUCCCAAAAAGGAAGACCCAGAUCACUUAUCUUGUGAGAGUCCUGAACUGGUGAUCAUAUGAUUCUGAAUUCAAUUUGUAGACCUAACUCAAGUGAAUAUUUGACUACACCUUUCGCUUAGUGAUAAUUUAUAAAGUAAGUUAGAGAUGUCUGGAGUUCAAGAUCAGCUUGAGAUUAAGUUCAGAUUGAUAGAUGGAACGGAUAUCGGUCCCAAGAGUUUCCCUGUUGGUGCAAGUGUUGCAAACUUGAAGGAGAGCAUCCUUGCUCAAUGGCCUAAAGAGAGGGAAAAUGGUCCGAGAACGGUAAAAGAUGUCAAAUUGAUUAGUGCUGGAAGAAUAUUGGAGAACAACAGAACAGUAGGAGAAUGCAGAAGCCCGUUGGGUGAUAUUCCUGGCGGAGUUACUACCAUGCAUGUUGUUGUCCAACCACCGGCUCCUGAAAAAGAAAAGAAAGCGGCAAGUGAUCCAAAGCAAAACAAGUGUGUUUGUGUGAUACUAUAAUGGGGAGCAGUUACUAGGGAUGCAAGUUCUGCAUGCAGGUUGCAAGUAAAAAAAAUGAUGCAUAGAAGCUGGUGAAAUGUUAUGGAGGGACAUUGGUGAGGCAAACAUUUAUCAGAAUUCUCGUCAAUGUCAGCGUAUAGUUGGUUUGAAAUCAAAGUUCUUUGUUUAUUGUGUGGUUAAUCUUUACUCACAUUUGAAUUUACUUUUAAAGGGCUGUGAAUUUCAGUUAAAAAUUUGUGACUACACACAAAAGAAGUAUCAGUUUAUACUUUUAAGAA